AUGGCGACCAACGGCGGCGCUGAGCCCACAAAGGUCACGAUCCUGGGCAAGGACUCCAUCGUAGUCGACUAUGGGCUGUGGCAGAACCAUGUCGCGCACGACUUGGUCACGACGAUUCCCUCGUCGACGUACGUGCUGAUUACCGACACCAACAUUGGGCCCCUCUACAUCCCCGCCUUCGAGGAGAGCUUCCGCAGUGAAGCUGCCACUGUCUCGCCCGCGCCGCGGCUCCUCACGUACCAGAUCCCGCCCGGCGAGAACUCCAAGUCGCGGUCGACCAAGGGCGUCGUCGAGGACUGGCUGCUGUCGCAGGGAUGCACGCGCGACACCGUCAUUAUCGCGCUGGGAGGCGGCGUCAUUGGAGACAUGAUUGGCUUCGUGGCGGCCACCUACAUGAGGGGCAUCCGUUUCGUGCAGGUGCCCACGACGCUGCUCUCCAUGGUCGACUCGUCCAUUGGCGGCAAGACGGCCAUCGACACGCCCGCCGGCAAGAACCUGGUCGGCGCUUUCUGGCAGCCCGAGCGCAUCUACGUCGACCUGCGCUUCCUCGAGUCGCUGCCCAAGCGUGAGAUCAUCAACGGAAUGGCCGAGGUCGUCAAGACCGCUGCCAUCUGGAACGAAGACGAAUUCACGGCUCUCGAGGGCAACGCCGAGCCCAUUCUGCACGCCGUCGAUCGUAAGCUGGAGAACGGGCGCCGUAAUUUCGACAGCAUAGCCGCCAUCCUGAAGCGCAUUGUGCUCGGGUCGAUAAAGGUCAAGGCAGAAGUCGUGUCGGCAGACGAACGAGAGGGCGGCCUGCGGAACCUGCUGAACUUCGGCCACUCGAUCGGACACGCCAUCGAAGCCAUUCUCACCCCUCAAAUCCUCCACGGAGAGGCCGUGGCAAUAGGCAUGGUUAAGGAGGCCGAGCUGGCAAGAUACCUGGGCGUGCUGGACCCGUCAGCGGUAGCGCGGUUGUCCAAAUGCAUCGCGAGCUAUGGACUACCCACCUCGCUUGCCGACAAGACGGUGCGAAGGAGGACCGCCAACAAACACUGCCCUGUUGACGAGCUGAUUAAGAUCAUGGCUGUGGACAAGAAGAACUCAGGCGCACAGAAGAAGGUGGUGCUCCUGUCAGGUAUCGGCAGGACCCACGAGAAGAAAGCGAGUUCAGUCGCGGACCGAGACAUCAAAAUAGCCUUGUCACCUAGCAUUUCCGUCCACCCGGGCAUUCCGUCCGACUCCAACGUGACGUGCACACCUCCUGGGUCCAAGAGCAUCUCUAACCGGGUUCUUGUGCUGGCUGCGUUGGGCUCUGGAUCUUGCCGAAUCACGAAUCUAUUGCACUCGGACGACACCCAAGUCAUGCUGGAUGCGCUCGCACGCCUCCAGGCCGCGACCUUCUCUUGGGAGAAUGACGGUAAAGAACUAGUAGUCACCGGCACUGGCGGCAAGCUCAAAGCCACCGACGAUGAGCUCUAUCUUGGGAAUGCUGGCACCGCAUCGCGCUUCUUGACUUCUGUGGUUGCCCUCGCUGACCCUACAGGGUCUGUCACGUCCACUGUUGUGACGGGCAACGCCCGGAUGAAGGAGCGCCCGAUCGGACCGCUUGUCAAGUCUCUCCGCUCUAUGGGAAUCGAUGUAACCUACCAAGAGAAUGAGGGCAGCUUACCUCUGCGCAUAUCAGCAUGCGGCGGCUACGGAGCAGCAUCAGGAGAACGUGAGUUUACCGGCGAUAUCGAGCUGGCCGCUACAGUCUCCUCGCAAUACGUUUCGUCAAUUCUCAUGUGCGCGCCUUACUCAAAGAAACCCGUCACUCUGCGCUUGGUCGGCGGGAAGCCCAUCUCGCAGCCCUACAUCGACAUGACGAUUGCAAUGAUGGCCACCUUUGGAGUUCAGGUGGAGAAGUCGCAGACGGAAGCAAACACGUACCACAUCCCGAACAAAGCCUACACGAAUCCCACAGAGUAUGUCGUCGAGAGCGAUGCUAGCUCAGCCACGUAUCCCCUUGCCAUUGCGGCCAUCACAGGAACCACGUGCACGGUACCUAACAUUGGUUCUGGUUCCCUUCAGGGAGAUGCUCGAUUUGCCAUAGAGGUGCUCAGGCCCAUGGGCUGCAAGGUUGAGCAAAGCGCCACCUCCACCACCGUUACGGGGCCCCCUAGAGGCCAACUGAAAGCGGUUAGAGAAAUUGACAUGGAGCCCAUGACCGAUGCCUUCCUUACCGCCUCUGUUCUGGCAGCCGUAGCAUCUUCGAAUGGUACAAACACUACGACCCGCAUCUACGGCAUCGCGAACCAGCGUGUGAAGGAGUGCAACCGGAUACAAGCUAUGGAAGACGAACUUGCCAAGUUUGGCAUCACUUGCAGGCAGUUCGAUGACGGUAUCGAAGUUGACGGUCGAGGCUACGAGCUUGACGCACCUCAAAGCGGCAUCCACUGCUAUGAUGAUCACCGCGUAGCAAUGAGCUUCGCAGUAUUGUCCUUAGUCGCACCCAAGCCCGUCCUCAUUCUUGAAAAAGAAUGCACCGGAAAGACCUGGCCCGGUUAUUGGGACAUUCUGCACCAGCUCUUCAAAGCUGAAUUAGAUGGUGUUGAACAGCCACGUGUGCUUCGUGAUACUCACUAUGGCGGCAAGAAGCCUACCAAAUCCAUCAUCGUCAUUGGGAUGCGGGGCGCCGGUAAGACUACCACGGGUGGAUGGGCUGCCCGCUACCUUGGGUGGCCUUUCGUUGAUCUUGAUACGGCUUUGGAAGAGCACGUUUCCAUGACCAUUCCAGACCUGAUCAAGGCCAAGGGAUGGGAAGGGUUCAGGGAAGAGGAACUCAAGUUGCUGGAAAGAGCCGUGAAAGAGAAAAGUACCGGUCACGUCCUUGCUUGUGGAGGUGGCAUUGUCGAAACUCAAGCUGCUCGCGAUAUCCUCAACAACUACCAGAAGGAUGGCGGCAUUGUGCUGCUUGUAACCCGUGAUAUUGAAAAGAUUAUGAGCUUUCUCCAGAUCGAUAAAACGCGACCAGCAUAUAUCGAGGACAUGCGGGGUGUAUGGCUUCGACGGAAGCCAUGGUACCUGGAAUGCAGCAACUAUCAAUUCCACAUGCAAAGCGUGGACUCUGUGGGUCUAGCGAAUACCCUCGAAGACUUUUCGCGCUUUCUCGAUCUCAUCUUUGGAAAGAAUAGAUCAUUACAGUCAUUGAAGAAGCGGAAGCAGUCCUUCUUCGUUUGUCUUUCGGCACCUAGUCUACAGCCUUGGCUCGAGAAGCUCCCAGAGAUAAUUGUUGGUGCGGAUGCGGUCGAACUCCGCGUAGAUCUGUUAGAAGAUCCCGAUGGCUCAGAAGGCCUCCCAUCGUUCGAAUUUGUCGUAGACCAAGUGGGCCUUUUGCGCACAAAGACGACGCUACCGCUGAUCUUCACAAUACGAACCAGAACUCAGGGCGGGAAGUUCCCUGACGACGCAUACGACCAUGCCCAGCUUUUGUACAGCACCGCACUUCGUCUAGGCGUCGAGUUCGUUGACUUGGAGAUGACGAUGCCCGAAGAGAUACUGCGUGAAGUCUCCGAGAAUCGCGGCUUCAGUAAGAUCAUCGCCUCUCACCACGACCCGAAAGGCCAACUUUCCUGGACCAACGGCUCGUGGAUUUCGUUCUACAACCGCGCUUUACAAUAUGGCGAUGUUAUCAAGCUUGUCGGUGUAGCAAAGACUUUGCAAGAUAACUUCGCGCUUGCAGAGUUCAAAGCUUGGGCUGAGAGUUCGCAUCCCGUGCCUUUGAUCGCCAUCAACAUGGGUGAACACGGCAAGCUUAGUCGCAUUCUCAACAACUUCAUGACUCCUGUCUCGCAUCCUCUUCUUCCUUCUGCUACAGCACCCGGCCAGCUUUCCGCGGCCGAGAUCCGCAGAGGUCUCACGCUCAUGGGCGAGAUCACGCCUAAAAAGUUUUGUAUAUUUGGAAGUCCAGUCCAGCAAAGUCGCUCACCACCCAUGCACAACACCCUCUUCCAUGAAACAGGUCUCCCCCACACCUACGGCAUCCACGAGACCACGAACGCGGAAGAUCUGAAAGCCGUCAUCCGCAGCCCAAACUUUGGCGGCGCUUCGGUCACCAUCCCAUUAAAGCAAGAUGUCCGGCCUCUCCUCGAUGGCGUAGGCCCUGAGAUCGACGCCAUCGGGGCCCUCAACACUAUCGUGCCUGUGACCGAAAUCGAUGAGACUGGCAAGGAAGUCACCAAGCUCAUCGGCCGCAACACGGACUACCUUGGUAUGGUGCUCGUGCUUCGUAAUGCCGGUGCACAAGGCAGUGCAGGGCUCCAAGCUGGUCUUGUCAUCGGUGGUGGUGGCACCUCGCGUGCAGCCAUAUACGCACUCCAUGAGAUGCAGUACUCUCCGAUCUACCUCCUCGGCCGCAACCCUCAGAAGAUGUCCGUCCUGCGCGAGGCAUUCCCCAAGGACUACAACAUUCAGAUCGUCAACGCAGCGAGCAUUGCAGAUGUCGAGCGCAUACCUACUGUCGCCAUUGGAACUAUUCCUGCAGAUCAGCCUAUCGAUUCGUCCAUCAAGGAAGCGCUUGACGCGUUAUUCGCAAAAGCGAAAAAUGAGAAGGCAGAAGCAGAGGCGCCCAUCGGCAGUCGGCCGCCGGGAGGCAAGAGGAUCUUGCUCGAAAUGGCGUAUAAACCCGCAGUCACAGACUUGAUCAAGCUGGCGACAGAAGCCGGGUGGGACACAGUCAAUGGUUUGGAGGUCCUGGUUGGACAGGGUGUUAAGCAGUUCGAGUACUGGACGGGUAUCAGCCCGUUGUACCGGAUUGCGAGGGAUGCUGUCAUGGGCGCGUGA